GUGGUUGUAUUUCUUUUUGUAUUUUUAUUGAGUGUGAACUUCAUUCCUUCCUGCCACAUGUGGUAUAUACUUACCAUUAUGUGCUAUGGCUGUUCAGAUUGCUUUAGCUGGGAUCAUUUUCUGAAUUCUAUUAUGAAUGCAAAAAACCAGUAACAGGAAAUGACUACUUACUAUAAGUCUUUUAACGGAACUGCAGAAAAAGUUGCUGAAAGUUUCAUAAGGCAGUGAGAACCAACGUGGAUGAAGAUGUCUAAAUCGGCACUGGCAAAAUUACUUAUGGCAAUAAUAAUCAUAUUUAUCAUUAGCAUCCCUGAAUUAUUCAAGACACUGAAAGGAAACUCGAUGAUCUUGUCUUGUAGUGAUACAUGUUCCAGUGACACUACUCACACUAGUUUAAGAUGCUUUCUGCAACAAAGUGAUCAAAAGAACUUUUUGGAAACCUUCUCAACAAACAAACAAAAUAUAUCAACCAUAAUCCUCAAUGUUUGCAUGAAUACAUCUCAUGAUCACUCACAGAGAUAUCGUUGUUAUCCAAACAAAUAUUUGGAUCCUUUUCACGAGCAUAUGAACUCAAGUGGUAGGGAAAAUCUUGAAUUGGGUGACAAAGCACAAGUGUCAUUUGAAAUAAGAGGAACAUAUCUCGUCCACCCCUAUGAAAAGCAUUAUUUCCUUCUGGUGAAUUCUAAAGAAGACAACAAGACUUCUUUCAGCUUAGAAAUACACCCACUGAAUGUCAGUGCAACAACAGACUCUUUUAAUUCUCCUUUCGUUGGUAAAGAAUUGAAAGGACAGAACGGUCACAUGAGUGUAUCUCUACAGUUUGAGCUUUAUGUGCCAUAUUACUUGGAUACUCUUGGAAUUUUUUGGCUGGUUCUUAUUUCAGCCGUCUUUGUGCUCGCUCUCUACAGUGUUGUCUACAAAAUAUUUAAAGUGAGGAAAAAGUCUGCAGCUAAAAUUUAUUUAAAUGAUAGAGGAACCACUGUGAAAAACAAAGAAGAAAACCUGUUUAAACACUACUCUCACAAAGAACACAACGUGGCUGAGGACAAAAACAGCAAAGUACAAGUGUCAAUAGGGAGGUCCCGCUCACUUUCCAUAAUCCAGGAACAAUGAAUGAGGCCAGUGCCAAGGACAAACGGACAAUGCACAAGAAACUAACCCACUAUUGUUCAAUCUGUGAGAGAUCUGUGGAUGCCAUGGGAAAACAGGGUGCAGCUGGGAAGGACUCCAAUAGCCAAAGAAAAAAGGGACAAUGAAAAAUUACACUGCAAGCUGACUGGCACCCCAAAGUUGCAAACAUACAUGCUCAGCCUCAGCAAAACAGAUGCCAUAAUGACUGACACACCUUUGAGCUUCCCUGGAAUAUUCAAAAAUCAGUUUGUAACUGCUGUGCCCACUGCAAAGACUCUGUCUUUUUCUUACCCACAACAACCUCACUGCUUAUAGUCAACUUUUUCCUGUACCUGCUGCCGGACAGCAGACUUUUGCAUGGUUGGCAUCAUCACUUCUAGUCCAUGGGCUGUGUUCCAGUGUUCUAUCACACCAGCCAACUCACCACAAUGGAUAUGCCAAUGCAUCUUCUUUAUGGAUAUUUAUUGGUAUCAUAUGACUGUCUGGUCUGCUAUUAUAAAAAAUAUCACAAGUUUUUUUUUUACAUCAUCCGGUUACAAUCUCCUUAUGUUCUUCACUCUACAGGUAUAGUCCCAUAAGAAAAAUUUUAAUAUGCUGUAAAUGGGGUAUUCUCUGCUUAAGUAACAAAGAAUACCAUCUUCCGUGUACCAACGACACAAGCAUUUCUAGAGGAGAUUGGAGUUAUGAAAGGGUGCAACAUAUGCUAUUGGUCUAACCACCUAUAGCAAUCAAUCAGCAGGAAGCAGAUAUUGUUCGACUGUUUAAUAGCAAACAACUUAUUGGAUGCUAUAAGUUACUGUACAUGGGCAACUUUAGUAAAUUUUUUUACAUAUGGGGGGCAGAUCUUUAAUUCUUUACAACCACCACCACACUUUGCAGUUACUAAAGCAGUGUAACCAGGAUUGCCACCAAAGACUGUUUGCAGUUCUUACUAUAGUAAGUGUACCUUAAACCUGAUAAACCACUUGCCAAAAUAAGUUCUCUUGUUUUUAAUUGGGAAAGUGGUAACAAGCUUGCCAUCAGAACAAGCCAGAAGUAGAACAAGAACCUCUGUUUACAAAUUUCUCUGCUGAGAUCUACUCUGUAACUAACUGCGAGAUCUAGUUUUUGGAAAUCCAUCAGAAUGCCUCAAAAUUGUAAUGCUGCUGCUAUUCUCUGUAGUUUGUGGUGCUUUGCUAUAAAAUAAUGCCUUAUACUUGAUGUUAAUUAACAAAUGCAAUUUUUUAAAAAAAAUUUAAGGUAUUUUCCAGUGGCGUAACUAGA